GAGCUCAAAGGCCGUCAUCACACUUUGUUGUUUCAGGUGAUAAAACCUGUUGAAGAAGCUAGUGGCUUCAUGCUAACGUUAGCUUUUGGUCGUUAGGAGCUGGGCUGCUUGUUUUGUUUUCGUUUCCUCCUCAGGGGGAAGUCACCAAUAACAUCUUAGCUAAAAUGUGAAACAUGUUUUUUUUCUGUUGCUGGUAAACUUUGAAGCCAUUUUUAAUGUUUUUGUUUACUUUUUAGACUCGAGUGCAGCCAACAUUUACGGUUCAGUUGCAAAAUCAACAAGAAAUGCAACUAAUGUUUGUUUAUAUCAUGCUGAUGUGAGGUCCUGGCUCUUCUGAGAACUUAAAAUAAUUUCCAAGUGGGCCUGUUAUAUGCCUGUCUAAGUCCAGCCAAGGAACAAAGUUUUCCCAAUGUGAAGUUCAUCACUGUAUUCUUUUUUAUUUUUUUUAAACCAAAACGUGUGCCAAAAUGAUAAACAAAGGCUAAAAUGACAGUAUAAAGGCUCAAAUUCUCGUUUUGGACACAAACUGAGAAAUGCCAGUUUGUUUUAAGGCCUUGAAAGUUUCCCAGACAACCCAGUUAACCUGUCUUUUGCACCAGGGAUCUGAAUCUUCAGCAGUUUCAUGCCCACAUGAUGUGGCAUAAAGAGCUGACAAGUUAAAUUUAGAGAUCCUGUCCUGUGUCGCCUGCUCACUUCUCCAUUUACAUUUAGAUAACAAGCUCAGCUGACGGACUUAGUUUGCAUUUGUUAGUGUUUUUUGUUUGCUCUAGAUACAAAUGGAUGUCUGAAUCAGACUGCUAGUGCAGUCAACUUCUUAUGUAGGUCAUUUUUUCUGAGUUAAAGGUCAGAAGAAAAUGAGAGAAAUGACAUUAGUUGCGUAAUCCCUGUUCACAUUGCAGAAUUUAAAAUUGUCUUAUCAUGACCCCACACAUGGCUAAAUAAUAAUGAUAUACCUGUUUUUGGCUUACAGCGUGUAGUGUGCAGAUACGGCAAAAACUAACCGUUUUUACACAAAAAGACCCCACCCGGUCAGGAAGAAAACUCACAAUAUCAAACGGGACUUCCUAGUGAACAAACACGGAGUGCAGCGUGCCUCAGUCAUCUCGCUUUCUGAUUGGCUACAUGUCACAUGCAACUGGCAGCAUACUUACUUAUAGGGAUGCACCAUGAUGGGCCGAUCACCAUAUCCAAUAUUGAUAUGGUUGCUGUGGCCAAUACCCAAUAUGUACUGAUAUUAUAAUUUUAUAUGCGUGUGUGUACACACACACACACACACACACACACACACACACACACACACACACACACACACACGGUGACACUUAUGAGAGGUUUACUAUCACUGUCACAUGACCAAAGACUUACCAUGUGACCACCCCCUUUCCCGUCCCAAAACAAAAAUGAUGACGAGAUGGAAAUAAAUAUAAAUUUUAGUUAAUAUUAGCCCAGUUUUUGCUAUCAGACUGAUAUGUUACAAAUUGUCUAACAUUGGCUGAUAUGGCGGUGUUAAUGCCGAUGUAUCGUGCAUCCCUUCUUGUUUGUCCUCGAAAAUUGGACCAAGUCAAGUCAACAUGUUUGUAAACCCCAGUUUAUAAUUUGGCGCAGCUCUGACGUGCAUCCUAGCAAACCAGAUCGAUCUUAAUGCACCAGACACAAAAGGAAUAUCAGAUUUGAUACAUUACAGUAGGGCUGCACGAUAUUAAGAAAACCUAUAUUCGGUAACAAUGAUUACUAUUGCUAUGACGAUAUUACAAUAUUACUUGUGAUAAAUAAAAACUUGACUCAGGAACAAAAAUAAUCAAAAACAAAGAAAUAAAAAAAUCAUAAAAAUGAGAAAAGCAAAAGAUGUGAGGAAAGGGAAAAGGAAAAUAAUCAAGAAAAGGCAAUCAGUGGAUCCCGGGAAAAGCAGAAUCAGCAGAAAGAGCAGAACAAAGCUAACUCAGGUGUUUGCUAACCAUCAAAAUGAAGUGCCGUCUGCCUCGGGGGUGGGCAUUUAACCUAUGAGAACCCACCCAAUUGGCCAAAUGGGUGAAAAACUCUAUUUGAUUUGUUGAAAAAACAUCAUGCUUCCGUUUGAUUGACAGAAUGCAUUAUGUGUGUACGCUAUCGCGAUGACGAUAUAUUUACGAUAUAUUGUGCAGCCCUACAUUACAAUAACAAGGUGUGUCUUUAAAAUCGCAAUAAUAACAUAUAUAAUUAUUAGCACAACACUUGCUUAAUUCCCUCAAAUUCUUGUAAAUGUGACAUAUUUUGACAAACUUAUCUUACUUAAAGUGACAAUUCAUCAAUUAAAAUGACGUAUAUUGCAUUAAAUUACAAAAACAAACCAAACUUGGUGCAUCUGAGUGAUAUUCAUUGUUCUUUUAUCUGGACCAACCAUUGCAUGCAAUGGAUGGGAAUCUGGUGGAGUGUUUCUAUUGUGUAAGAGAUGGGUGUGGACUAGCCCCCUCAUCUAAUAUUCAGCUCUUUCUUAAAGGGGGGAUGCUGAGCGUGAGCCAGCAGUGCUUUUUGAUAGCCUGCACGAUUGAGCUGGAAAACUGUAGUUGUGUUGAAUUGGUGAGCUUAAAGUAACUUUACUCCACUAAGCGGUACAGGUGGUCAGCAGGCUGUCAUGGAUACCACCACUUCCCUGAAGAUGACCUCUGUGACCGUCCAGACUCUGUUUGGCUAUGUAGAGAAGGAGGACCUGGCUUCUAUCAAGGCCCAUUUGGACGAGUUCCGAGAUGUGGACUGCAGGAGCGAUAAUGGACAGACUCCCCUGAUGGUGGCGGCAGAGGUGGGCAGUCUGGAGAUAGUGCAAGAAUUAAUCAGGAGAGGAGCUUGUGUUGACAUGGAUGACGUCGACUGCUGGACUGCUCUGAUCUCAGCAGCGAAGGAGGGACACAUCGAGGUUGUGACGGAAUUGCUGGAAAACAAUGCUAACUUGGAACACAGAGAUAUGGGAGGAUGGACGGCUCUCAUGUGGGCAGCCUACAAAAAUCGGACAGAUGUGGCCCAGCUGCUUUUAAAAAGGGGGGCUAACCCUAACAUCACUGGACAGUACAGCGUCUACCCCAUCAUCUGGGCGGCAGGUCGGGGCCACGCAGAGAUUGUUCAUCUUCUGCUGCAGUAUGGAGCCAAGGUCAACUGCUCCGACAAGUAUGGCACCACUCCUUUGAUCUGGGCAGCCAGAAAGGGCCACUAUGACAGUGUGAUGCACCUCUUAGCCAACGGCGCUGACGUGGACCAGGAAGGAGCUAACUCCAUGACAGCUCUGAUUGUCGCCGUCAAAGGUGGCCACACCAAGGUUGUCAAGGAGCUCCUGAAGAGGAACCCGAACGUGAACAUGACAGACAAAGAUGGAAACACGGCCCUGGCUAUUGCUGCCAAAGAGGGACACACUGAGAUUGUGCAGGACCUGCUUGAUGCUGGCACUUAUGUUAACAACCCAGACAGGAGUGGAGAGACUGUUCUGGUUGGAGCAGUAAGAGGAGGUCAUGUUGAGAUUGUUCGGGCUCUGCUGAAUAAAUAUGCCGACGUUGAUGUUAAGGGCCAGGAUGGAAAGACUGCCCUCUACUGGGCAGUUGAGAAAGGUAACGCGGUAAUGGUGAGAGACAUCCUGCUGUGUAACCCUGACACGGAGAGCUGCACCAAGGAGGGAGAGACCCCCCUUAUUAAAGCUACAAAAAUGAGGAACAUAGAAGUAGUGGAGCUGCUGCUGGAUAAAGGAGCCAAAGUGUCUGCGGUGGACAGGAAAGGAGACACUCCUCUUCACAUCGCCAUCCGCGGACGAAGCCGAAAACUGGCUGAGCUGCUGCUGAGGAACCCUAAAGAUGGCCGCCUGUUGUACCGGCCCAACAAAGCUGGAGAAACUCCGUACAACAUCGACUGUACCCACCAGAAAAGCAUCUUGACACAGAUAUUUGGAGCCAAGCACCUGUCCCCGACCGAAUCAGAUGGAGACAUGCUGGGUUAUGACCUGUAUAGCAGCGCUCUGGCAGACAUUCUUAGCGAGCCCACCAUGCAGCCACCGAUCUGCGUCGGCCUGUAUGCUCAGUGGGGAAGCGGCAAAUCAUUUCUUCUCAAAAAACUUGAGGAUGAGAUGAAGACAUUUGCGGGACAGCAGAUAGAGCCGCUGUUCCAGUUCUCCUGGCUGGUGGUCUUCCUCACUCUGCUCCUAUGUGGCUCUGUCUCCGUCGUCUUGGGUUUCACUGUUAAUCCCAAGUUGGCAAUCGCGAUCUCCCUCAGCCUCCUCGCUCUGCUCUACAUCUUUUUCAUGUUGGUUUACUUUGGAAGCCGACGUGAGAGGGAAAACUGGAACUGGGCGUGGGUCAUCAGUACCCGCCUGGCCCGCCAGAUCGGUUACUUGGAGCUGCUUCUCAAACUGAUGUUCGUAAACCCGCUAGAGCUUCCUGAGCAGACGACUCGAGCCUUACCUGUCAGAUUUUUGUUCACAGAUUAUAACCGUCUGUCCAGCGUUGGGGGGGAGACCUCCUUAGCUGAAAUGAUCGCCACGCUGUCGGAUGCCUGUGAGAGGGAGUUUGGCUUCCUGGCCACCAGGCUUUUCAGGGUUUUUAUGAAUGAUGAAAUUAAAGGUCAAAAGUGGAAGAAGACUUGCUGUGUUCCCUCCUUUGUGCUGUUCUCAUUGACUCUUGGCUGUCUGAUCACAGGCGUGGCCCUGUUGGCCAUCUUUAAGGUGGACUCCAAGAAUCUAACGGUAAAUGCAGUUCUGAUAGCCAUGGCCAGCGUGGUAGGCCUGGCUUUGCUGCUGAACUGUAAGACCUGGUGGAAGGUAGCCGACUCUGUCCUCCACUCCCAGAGGAAACGGCUGCACGGCGCUGCCAACAACCUGCAUAAGCUCAAAAGUGAAGGAUUUAUGAAGGUCCUGAAACAUGAAGUUGAGAUGAUGUCAAAAAUAGCCAAAACGAUCGAUGGCUUCACUCAGAACCAGACACGCAUGGCUGUCAUCAUCGACGGGCUAGACGCCUGUGAACAGGACAAAGUGCUGCAGAUGUUGGACACAGUGAGGGUACUCUUCUCGAAGGGUCCUUUUAUCUCCAUCUUUGCCAGCGACCCCCAUAUUAUAAUAAAAGCUAUUAACCAAAACCUCAACAGCGUGCUGAGAGACUCGAACAUCAACGGGCACGACUACAUGAGAAACAUCGUCCACCUUCCCGUAUUCCUCAACAGCAGAGGGCUCAGUCGAGCCAAAAAACUUUGCAUGGCACCCUCCAACAAUGGAGAGGCUCUGCCUGCUGAAGGAUGGCCUGAAGACCCAGACAGGAAGGUGUCUCAGAACAGUUUGUCCCAAGAGCAGGGCAAGCUUGGCAGCAAGAAUGCACUAAACCGACGGGACACGUACCGUCGUCGUCAGAUGCAGAGGACCCUCACCCGACAGAUGUCCUUUGACCUGACUAAGCUUCUGGUGACUGAAGACUGGUUCUGUGACAUCAGUCCGCAGACUAUGAGGAGGCUGCUGAACAUCGUUUCCAUCACAGGACGCCUUUUACGGGCCAAUCAGAUCAUCUUUAACUGGGACCGCCUGGCGUCCUGGAUCCACCUGACGGAGGAGUGGCCGUACAGGACGUCGUGGAUCAUCCUCUUCUUGGAAGAAGCUGACGGAGUGUCGGAUCAGGUCACUCUCAAGACGAUAUAUGAGAGAAUCUCCAAAAACAUCCCCACCACCAAGGAUGUAGAGCCUCUGCUGGAGAUCGAUGGAGACAUCCGUAGCUUUGAGGUCUUCCUGUCCUCCAGGACGCCGGUUCUUACUGCCAGAGAUGUGGAGAUGUUUCUUCACUGCACCGUCAACCUGGACCCCAAGCUCAGGGAAAUCAUAGCAGAUGUGCGUGCGGCCAGGGAGCAGAUUCAUAUGGGAGGAGUGACCUAUCCCACGCUGCCCUUCCAAGAGACGAUGCCCCGCCCCCAACCAGUGUACGGUCAGCCCUCUGCAGCCUGCACACCAACGGGCUCCUUCGCCGGAUCGCUGCCUCCUCAGCCCCACAGCUCCUACUUCAGCGGGAUCAACGGCCCGCAGCACCCCUUCUACAACCGGCCUUAUUUCCCCCAUCAUGUGUAUCAACUGCCUCGACAUUACUCCCAACCCGUCCCCCCGUCCACACGCCCUCCCAUUAAACCACCCAGUCAGCCUCAGGACACCAGUGGACUCCAUUUAAAGUCGCUGCCUUACAAAUUGAAGCAGCUGUGUCCCACAGUUCUGCUCAGCUCCUUGAGCACUGAGGCGGUGUGCGAGCGACUCAAACUGAUAGACGGACUCGACCUCAACAUGUUGCCUCACUAUGCAGCUAAGAUCAAAAAGGCUAACAUCAACGGCCGAGUGCUCACUCACUGCAACUUAGAUGAGCUGAAGAAGGAAAUGGAGAUGAACUUUGGUGACUGGCAGCUCUUCAGAGGAAUGGUGAUAGAGCAACGACACGCCGAGAGCCAGGCGGCGCUGCAGGACGAGUCCCGAGCUGCCAGCGAGCAGGGCAGCAGCGUGGUCCACGUGGAGCCGAGCAGACGCUCAGGAGUAGCGCAGCACGAAGCAGGCGCCUUCAGCCUCAACCUCAGCUUCGAGGAGCUGAGCAGCGUGGGGCUGGAAGAGCCUCCGAGGCGCAGCAACAACACACACUGGCCGGUGGUGAAUCUUCGCACUUCCAGCAUGUCCAGCCUCAACUCCCAGGAAUCAUCCAACGACAUCUGUAAGCUGACAGACAAGCAUCAGGCUGAGUAUCGGGACGCCUACAGGGAGUACAUCGCUCAUGUGGCCCAGCUGGAGAUGUCCGGCAGCGUGGGGGAGAGGCCCGUCCAACCCCAUCCUGGACAGUUCCUGCAGUCCACCAGCCCAGAGGACAAAGCGGCCAAAGAAGGAACAGACCAAGAUGGCCGUAAACCCUUCAACAAGAGAGCCUCCAAGAGUAGCGACGCCACAGAUUUCGUCUCCGGCGCCGAUGCUCUGCUCCUAGACCCCAUCAGUGAAGAGGAUGAGAAGCUGGACCACAGCUUGUCCUCGAGGACCUCAGGCUCGAGGAAGAAGGGAGCUGGAUCAUUAUACCACAAGCUGUGUAAUGAAGAAGACUCAGGCCCAGAUGAAGCCGACAACACCACACCGCUCCUCCGCAAGGAGACGAGAGCCAGCGCUCCGUCUUUUCAUCAGAGCUCCCAAACCGCCGGGCCGUUGACCAAGCCUGGCCUCCUUACAGGAAUCCUCCUGGAUAAGAAGGACUCCUCCGACUCAGGGAUGCGCUCCAGCGACAGUUCUCCGGAUCCCUCCUUGGAGGAGACUGAAGGAGGUGCGGGCAGACAGAGGGAAGAACCGAGGCCCGGUCUGAUUGAGCUGGAGCUGGAGGGGCUGGUGAAGAAGAGAGGCGUCCUCCCGAGCAGACUGAGUGACCUGCAGGACGCCGCAGUGGCCCGCAUGUCCAUCUGCUCUGACGCUCCGUCUGAAGCAAGCCUCAUGGCCAGCAGCCCAGAUGAGGGCUGGUCAGCCAACGAGGUCAGCAACCUGAACCGCAGCGCCAGCAACACCACCCUCAACAACAACACGAGCAGCCCCAACAACUCCAACACCAACAACAGCCGUCAGCAGCAGGACAACACCUCCUCCUCCUCCGCCAGCAUUGUCUUCUCCCCAGAGAUCAUCAUCACCCCCGGCAGCAGCACCGCCAACACCACGGCGGCCACCAUCCACCACAACCAGAACCUGUGCAGCAUCAGCCUGGGAGACGAGAGGGAGAGCAUCCUCUGAGAACUGUUAGGGAGGUUUUAGCUGAUGGUGUUGUGACGUGUCCCCAAGAUUCAGAGCUUGUGUGUGUGUGUUCUGUAGUUAGAAGGUGUAGCUGUGAAUCCAACAUUAAGCUUUAAAAAUCCAAAGUUAUUUGGAUCUUGUCACCAAAACCAUCAGAGACUCCAGGGUUUAGCGUGUUUUCUCUCCCGUGUGGUGCUGUUGUGUAGCAUUUUUGAAUAAACAGAAAAGUUAGUUAAGCUGCGAUACUUUAGCGGAGUUACCGAAGCCUCCAACGUAGAAUUCUUGUCAUUAAAACACUUCACGUUGUUUAGCGCAACGCGGUGUUUGUAGUAGAGAACGAUGAAAUGGACUCAGCUGUGGCGCUCGUGGUUGUUUGGUGUUUUUGUGACUCAAUAAAACAUUUCACUGCAUGAAUCCUUUAAAUCAA